ACUGUAUGAAGUUUAUGUAUGCGAUUUCCAUAUUUAUAAGUAGCUAACAACUGCCCAAAUUUUAUGGAUUUGAAUCACGCAUAUGACCCUAAAUUUUCACGUGGCCAAUUUUAACAGCUAGUACAUCCUCCAUGAAUAUUCUUUCUGCUCUCCUCCUUUUUCUGAUGAUCUUCAAUGGCCUUAAAUCUGCCGCUCAAACAUGUUCUCAGACCGCCGGAAACUUCACCGCCAACAGUACCUACGCCGCGAACAGAGCUCUCCUCUUCUCUGCCCUGUCCUCCAACAUCUCCUCAAGCUAUGGCUUCUUCAUGAACACCACAGUAGGCCGUGGCGCGGACAAAAUAUACGGAAUCGCCCUUUGCAGGGCCGAUUCAACCUCUGAAACUUGCACCAAAUGCGUCAAUACUGGAACUAAAAACCUCACAGAUGUUUGCCCGAACCAAAUGGAAGCCAUCGUUUGGGCAAGUGAGGGCUCCGUUCCGUGUAUCGUCCGGUAUUCAAACCGUUCCUUCUUCGGGGAAUUGGAGUUUUCUCCGAAACUGUUACUUGCCAGAACGGAUGUGUUCGAAGCGGAUGAAGUUGAAUCGGUUAAGAAGAUUUGGGAUCCUCACGUCUCCAGCUUAAUAGGUAAUGCUUCUCAGGGAACGAAGAUCAAGUAUGCUUCCGGCCAAACGAAUUUACAGAGCUUUCAGACAAUAUACGCGAUUACGCAGUGUACUCCAGAUCUGUCUCACUCUGAUUGUGACUCUUGUUUGACGAGAAUUGUGAGUGAUUUUCAGAGCUGUUGUGGUAAAAACAAAGGAGGCGCUUCCUAUAAUCCGAACUGUUUGUUUCGUUGGGAUCUGUAUCCCUUCUAUAACUCUUCCUUUACUCUUACUGCUCCGCCGCCUCCGCCGAUGGCUUCAUCUCCGGCGGCCCUGCUUUCUCCUCCUUCUGCCAAUUCAACGAAUUCCAAAAAUCGGAAGAGGAGAUCUGGGACUGUUGUGUAUAUUGUAGUCCCAAUUGCAAUUGCGUUAUUGGUGGUUGUUGCUGUGGUAAUUUUCAGGCGAAGGAAGCAAAAGUCAUUAGGUAUUGAAAGGCUGGUCUCAGAGACGAAGGGGAAUAACGUUGGGGCAGAGUGCCUGCAAUUCGACCUUGCCACUAUCAGAAUUGCCACUAACAGCUUCUCCGAUCACAACAAGCUCGGCGAGGGAGGAUUCGGUCCUGUUUAUAAGGGCAUGCUCAUAAAUGGGGAGGUCGUAGCUGUGAAAAGAUUGUCCAGAAACUCAAAACAAGGAGAAGAAGAAUUUAAGAAUGAAGUGAUUUGUGUUGCAAGAUUACAACAUCGAAAUCUAGCUAGACUUGUGGGAUUUUGCUUGGAAGGAACUGAAAGGCUUCUUAUAUAUGAGUUCUUUCCCAACUCAAGUCUUGAUCGUGUAGUAUUUGAUGCACAUAAGCGUGGAAGGUUGGAUUGGGAGAUGCGCCAUAAAAUAAUUGUAGGAAUAGCUAGGGGACUUGUUUAUCUUCAUGAAGAUUCUCAACUUCGGAUUGUUCACCGUGAUCUCAAAGCCAGUAACAUUCUAUUGGAUGAGAACAUGAAUCCCAAAAUAUCAGAUUUUGGAAUGGCAAGAUUAUUCGAAUCAGACGAUCAAACAGGAGACGUCACUAGUCGGAUUGUCGGCACUUAUGGCUAUAUGGCUCCAGAAUAUGCAUUCCACGGUGAAUUCUCAAUCAAAUCUGAUGUUUAUAGCUUUGGAGUUUUAUUGCUUGAGAUAAUCACUGGUCAAAUGAUUCAGAAGUUUCGUGGUGGAGAAGAAAGACAGGACCUUGUGAAUUAUGCUUGGAAAAAGUGGAGUGAAGGAACAGCAUUGGAUCUCGUUGAUCCCACAAUGUCAUUGUUUAGUAUUUCCACGAGUGAUAUAUUGAGGUGCAUCCAUAUUGCAUUAUUGUGUGUGCAAGAAAAUGUGGGAAAUAGACCAACUAUGACGUCAGUUCUUCUAAUGCUUAGUAGCACCUCAUUUAUCAUGCCAAGACCAUCAAGACCUGCAUACAUUCUUGAAUCCACGACGCAUCAACACAGAUCAUCAUCAUUGUCAGCUACCCAUAGUAAUUCACACUCAACUUCUCCUCGUUCUAAUAGCCACGUCGAAAGAAGCUCUAGGAAUGAUGUUUCUAUAUCAGAGCUAGAACCCCGAUAGCCUUACACACCUCUGGUUUGAUCAUUGUGAUAACGAACAUAGUAUGACUGAGUGUAUAAUUUGUAUAACUUUGUCUUAUUAUACAAAAAAGUGCAGAGCUAUCAGUUAUGCAUGUUCAUUGUUAUUUUCAUAUGGUGUCAUGAGCCUGAUUUUUUUUAUACCUAAACCUUGAAAACUUAUCGACCACAUGUCCACAUUUACAUCCUUUCAAGAUCUAUCACUGCAUCUUCUUCGAGUACAUGUUUUCAUUUGCACCCACUGAAGGUGACACAAUCAGACUCUAGGAGCACUCCAGCAAUGGUGACACAACCAGGCUUUAGCUCUUACGGCCCUCCUCGUAAUAUGUGAUGCGACUCCUCUUGCAUCGCCAAAUUGUAGAUUCUUUCCACAACGUUUUCCGAUCUAGGGUUUCCCCCCAUCAUGGUGAACAUUCUGGUUUUUCGGUGAUUUCCUACAUGGCGCCGUUUAUUUUUGGUGUUUUCAUUGUUCUUUGCACCAUGCAGGCGCUUUCACCUAGAUGCCAUUGACACUAACUUUUAGCUCCAUUUUUAUCCACUCAUGGCUUGUUUGCUCAACUGAUUGGGCUAUGUAUAAUUGUAUAUUAACUGGAUCAUUGGAUGUUCAUAUAUUUGACUCAAUGGAUCUUGGUCCCACUCUAUUGUUUC